AACACAAUACAAAAUAGAAAACCUAGAGCAGUUCUUAUAUUUAUUUCCUAGUGCGAAGUCGAAAAAAUGGAAACCGAAAAUAAAAAAUCUCUAUUAGAGAAAUUUGGUAUACCUAUUCACCAUUUGGACUUUGCUUACGUGGAAAAGUGUACAAAUGGACGGGAAAUGGAGAAAAUCGUGCAAAUCCUGCGCUCCGGCCAAGAAGGUUUCUAUCCAGAUUUGUUAAGAGUUUCGGAGGAGAAACUUAAGCAACUGAAACCAGACAGUAGACUAUUUCGCUACGAGGAACAGAUUAAGCACAGUAAUGUCUUGGACCCAAAAGAACUAAAACCCAUCCUGGAUUGGACUGAUGCCGUUAAAUCGAAGGACAGUGCUCUAAACGAGCUGAAAAAGUCGAAACAAAAAUUGGAUCUUCCGUCUGUACGCAAACUAUCGAAAAUCGAGUUGGAAAAACAGAGCACUGAGCCAAAAAAGCCUGUGGCAAAAGCAGAAUCUCAGCCCAAGGCCAAGGUCAAGGAUGAUAGGAUUAGAUCGACAGACUACCGCAAAUGGGAUAAAUACGAUCCCGAUGAGGAGAUACUGCGCAUGGAUCUGGCUGAAGAACGCAACAAUGAGCAGGCCGAGCAGAAGAUUUCCGCUUACCAGAAAUCGACUAAAGAAAAUGAGUUGGAAAACGAAAAUGCUUCCAUGUAUGAACGCCUUCAAACGCAGUUGAAGAACCUAAGCCAACUGGAGCGGGAACAAUUCGCAGAGAGACAUCGUUUCAAAGGAAAUGAGUACUUCAAAGCCAAGGAAUACGCCAAUGCCAUUGAGGAAUACAACUGCUCUAUUCUAUACGAUCCUGAAAACGCCGUUCAUGCCUACAAUAAUCGCGCUGUAUCUCAUAUCAAAUUAAAGAAAUACUUUUCAGCUGUAACGGAUUGUCAGGCCUGCUUGCAGUUGGACCCACAGAACAUCAAGGCCCAUCUCCGCAUGGCCGAUGCUCUAAAUGCCGAUGGAAAACAUCUUGAGUCCUUGUCUGUGUACAAAAAACUGCUAGAAUUGGAGCCAGAAAAUAGCAUUGCCAAGAAAGCCGUGGAGCAUCUAACUUCUUUGCUGGGCGAAGUGGCUCCGGAUAAUGCCACACGUUUGAUCAUUGAGGAACUCGAUCCGCCGGAGAUAAAGACUUCCGAAUCCAAGAAAAAAGCGGUGGUUAAAAAAACACCAUCUGAGGUAAAGAAAGAGCAGCCCCCGAAGGAUUACGAUCUGGCCGAGUUGAUCAAACCGAAUCGCAUUAUUAAAAACAAUUUGGUCUCAGCCGCCGAGGCCUUGGGCAAUAAGUUCCAGGCUCCCAAGGGCACUGUUGCUUCCCAGAAGCCAUCACCUCCCACUUCAACCCCACAAGAAUCCAUGUUGCGUUUGCCACAGGACAACCUCAACACCAGCAAUAAGUUGCUAAUCCAGGAGAUUUAAAGAUAUUC